AUGCACGACUCGGGCACUUCGAACGCUAGUGUCACCCUGCCUUCGUCGUCUGAGUACUCGGCGACGGUCGACUACGUGGAGGCCAAGACGCAGAUGGCGGAAGCACUGGGAUUUACGUCGCCGAUGUGGUCCAUCGGCUCCGACAAGGACAGCAGCGCGGGAGACAGCGCACACCAGACGACUAUGUGCCAGCAACAGCAGCAACAGCUGUCAAGGUGCGAAGAAUUGAGCUCACGCAAGGGGAAGGUGACCCUCGACAUGGACAGUGCACACCAGUGCAACAGCAAACAGGCCCGUAAUCUGCAGACAGCGCCCCGACCGAGCGCUGAGCCUCCGCUGUCGCCCAUCGACAUGAGCGACCGAGAGAGGACCAAGCUCGAAGAAAAGAGGUCAAGAAACCGAAUUGCGCAAGCCAAUUGCCGCAAGCGACAGUUAGACCUUAUCUCGCGGCUCCAGAAGGAAGUGAAAGCGCUCGAGAAGCAGAAAACCGGGCUCGAAUCCGAAGUGAACGAUCUACUCGAAAGGCUCAGUCAGGAGACGUUGACGCGCUUUCUGCUCGAGCGUCAGAUAUGGUUCUACCUCACGCGCCAUUGGCACGCCUGCUGA